CAACGCGCUCCACAAAACUGAAGUCUGAUCCGGAUGCUGUGCCUAAAAAAGCAUCGACCGCAGCGUAAAUUAUUUGUAGAUCGACAGCGCUUUCAACAGAUAACAUGAUAAUCAAACACACACCGACACACACAUGCACAAAGUCUAGCAGCGGCAGUAAGUUCAGCGAUUAGAGAGCGCACCAUUCAAGUCUGGAGCGGCACACUGAGCGGUCGUCGCGACUCGUUUUGUCUCAUAAUUCAACGCGGAGUCAAACAGUGACUGCAGCUCAGCUAUACGUCAUGCGAGCCGACAACAGCGAAGAUAAUCUUUUCCGAGAGCAAUUACCGAAUGUGGGCCGGCUUAUCAGAGAGGCGGGCCGUAAAUUUUUCCGUCCGUCUACAUUAACAAGUAAAUUUCCAAUAUUGGGAUGGCUGCCACGCUAUCGAGCCUCCUACCUGCUUCAGGAUUUUAUAGCUGGCUUUACUGUUGGCCUCACGACAAUUCCACAGGCCAUUGCAUACGGCGUUGUAGCGGGUUUGGAGCCACAGUAUGGUCUUUACUCAGCUUUUAUGGGAUGCUUUGCCUAUAUUGUGUUCGGCUCCUGCAAGGAUGUGACUAUUGCGACCACGGCUAUAAUGGCGCUGAUGGUUAAUCAAUAUGCUACAAUAAGUCCAGACUAUGCGGUACUCGUCUGUUUCUUGGCGGGCAGCAUUAUUCUUGUGCUGGGUCUGCUAAACAUGGGUGUUCUAGUGCGUUUUAUAUCCAUACCGGUGAUUACUGGAUUUACAAUGGCCGCAGCUACUACAAUAGGUAGUGCACAAAUUAAUAACCUUGUGGGUCUAAAAAGUCCUUCAAAUGAUUUGCUGCCCGCCUGGGAGAAUUUCUUUACACAUCUGCCAAAUAUAAGAAAAUGGGAUGCGCUACUGGGUAUAGUAACUCUAGCCUUUCUGCUGCUCAUGAAGGAAGUAACCAAAAUCAAAUGGGGACAUCGACUCUUUUGGAAAUAUCUUUCACUGUCUCGCAAUGCUUUGGCCGUAAUCUUUGGCACUUUUCUAGCCUACAUACUCAGUCGAGAUGGGAAUCAACCAUUUAAGGUGACAGGGAACAUAACGGCGGGCGUGCCUCCGUUCCGACUGCCGCCAUUUGGCACCACCAUAGAUGGCGAGUACGUGUCGUUUGGUGAAAUGGUCAGCGAAGUGGGUGCUUCACUUGCAUCUAUACCCAUGAUAGCUAUACUCGAAAUUGUAGCUAUAUCAAAAGCUUUCUCCAAGGGCAAGAUUGUAGAUGCCUCGCAGGAGAUGAUAGCGUUGGGCAUGUGCAACAUUAUGGGCAGCUUUGUGCUUUCCAUGCCUGUAACGGGCUCCUUCACCCGCACUGCAGUCAACAAUGCUAGUGGCGUUAGAACACCGCUGGGUGGUGCUGUCACUGGAGCUCUCGUGCUCAUGGCUUUGGCCUUUCUCACGCAAACGUUUUAUUUCAUACCCAAAACGACACUAGCGGCGAUUAUCAUAGCGGCCAUGAUCUCUUUGGUGGAGUUUGACAAAGUAGCAGACAUGUGGAAGUCGAAGAAGCGCGAUAUGUUUCCCUUUGUGGUGACCAUUGUAACCUGCCUAUUCUGGAGUUUGGAGUAUGGAAUGCUGUGCGGCAUUGUAGCUAAUCUGGUCUAUAUACUCUACAGUAGUGCGAGACCUCAACUAAAUAUAACACUAGAAAAGAUCCAAGGCUACGAGAUUGCUUUAGUAGAUGUGAAACAGAAGCUGGAUUAUGCUUCCGCCGAGUACCUUAAAGAGAAAGUCGUGCGCUUUCUCAACCAACAGAGCAUAAAAAUAAGUUUAGUUAUAAUCAAAGGCUCUGAAAUCAACGCCAUUGAUUAUACAGUCGGCAUGAACAUCAUAUCCUUAAAAGCGGAUUUGGAUGCACUCAACUGUGAGCUCUUAUGCUGGAACUGGAGCAUAAGCUGUGCGGGCGUAGUAUGUCGUCUGAAAUCGGAUCUACGCAGAAUUUUCAAAACGGAGCAUGCGCUGGAUGAACUGGUGGCCGCACACUUCGAUAGCGUCUCUGGCACAGCCUCAACGGUGACCAUCGAUAGUGCACAAAACGAGCCAGCUGUCGACUAGUUUCAACAUGAACGCAGUAUUUUAAACUAUAAGGCAAGCUUCUUUAUACUUAAUUAAAUUAAAAACUAA